AUGUCUUCUUCUUCUUCUUCUUCUUCAAUGGCGAAACUGAAAGUAGCGGGGACAUGGGCAGGAGUGCUAGAGGUAGAACCAGAGAAUUGGACGGUGCCCAUGUUGAGAGAAGAGAUUUCGAAGAGAUCAAACAUGGGUACUGAGUCGAUCAAUCUAAUUUUUGCUGGCAAAGUCUUGAAAGACUGUACCAGUGAGGAAAAAAACAGUCUUUCUCAACUGGGUAUUAAAAAUAACUCUAAAAUCCUUGCUUGUCGUGUCUUUGUCGAAGAGGGUAAAACUUUAAAGAAUGAGUUGUUGGCUGAUGAUGAAAGAAACCGUAGACUUGCUCGUAUCAAGACAGCUGUCACUGCAUUGUCCAAGAGGCAUGCAGAUGGUGCAUUACCGAUAGAAGACUUCGAUAUCGAACUUGAAGAUCAGAGUGGGAACAAAGUGCACUUUUCUGAGACUGAUAGACAGGCAAUAAUGAUGGGCCUGAUGCUUCAUACAAGUGGAAAGAGGUUUAUCAGAAAACAAAUGUUUAGUGAUGCACUAGAAGUUCUUACUAUGGGAGAGGAGGCUUUCUCUCUAUGCAAUCCCAAGUCCAUUGAACUUGUCGACAAUAUCCCAAUACUGCAAAUAGACAUGGUGUGGUGUUACUUCAUGCUCCGAGAUAUUGCCUGGCUCUCAGUGGCAGGAUUACGCCUCGAAAAGGCAAGAGAAGGACUUGAACGUGCUCAUGGCAAGGACUCCUCGCGAUUCAGACUGCUUCAAGCUGGUCGUUCUUCAGAGCUUGCAUUAUAUUUGCGAUUGGAAUUGUUGGAAGGAGUGGUGGCAUAUCACAGUGGCCAGUUUGAUAAAUCUAGGAAGUACUUGACCUCUGCACAAGCAAAAUUCUUUGAGCUACAAGUGCCAGAUGAAGCACUAUCAAUUGUCAUGAGCAUGGGAUUUGGGGAACGAGAUGCAAAAAGAGCAUUGAGAAUGAGCAAUCAGGAUGUUCAGAGUGCUGUUCAUUUUCUUGUAUUGGAAAGGGAAAAGAGAGAAGAGAAACAGAAAGACGACAUUCGUCGAAGAAAUGAAAUCAUGGAGCAGAAACGUUAUGGAGUUACACCCUUAAAAAAAGCUGUGGAUCUCGAGAGACUGACGAUGUUGGUCUCCGUAGGUUUUGAGAAGGAGCUUGCUGCUGAAGCUCUUCGAAAAAAUGAGAACGAUACUCAGAAGGCAUUGGAUGAUUUGACAAACCCAGAAGCUAAUACUGCACUCCAGCAUGAUAUAGAAUCAAGGAAAAGGAAAAGACAGCAACGAGCCACGGAUGCCACAGUCGAACGGCUUGUGUCCAUGGGCUUUGAAAGAUCUAGAGUGAUUGGUGCUGUCCAAGCUGGUGGCUCUUUAGAGCAAGUCAUGCAUCAAUUGCUCACACAUCCCAGAGCAGACCCCACAGUCGCUGCUGACAACAAUGAUUCCUCAUUGGACAAUAAUACAACCAGUGACUCAACUGCUAAUGAUACUCCUACCAACCCUGUUCUGGAGGAUCUGAGUCCAGAUACUUUGGGCAUUGAUGAGGGCAAUGAAGAUCCUUCAUCAAGCGAGCGGGACUUGGAAAUGGAGGAUGAAAUUGCAGAAGAACUUGCAAGAGGUGAUGCGCUUUCAGAUUAUGAUAUUGAAGUGACUCAGGAAGGCGAGUCUAUAAAUGAGUACCUCGCUUUGCUGGCUUCAGGGGAUGGCAAUGGAAAAGCUUCGUCUUCCCAGCUGCCCCACCAUUAA